UAUAUGUGGGGUCCUCCAAAGCUCAUCAAGUUGAUACUUGUCGACGGGGCCGAUUUCGAAGUCCGGGAGAAUCUCUGGGUGGCACUUCAGCAUUUACGUUUGGACUCCAAACCAAGGGAGCUAUGGGUCGAUGCCAUUUACAUUAGUCAACGAAAUAUCCAUGAACGAGAUUAUCAGGUUAAUCAGAUGGCCCAGAUCUACGAGCAAGCAACAAGGGUCAUUGUAUGGCGUGGG